GUUAGCUUUUGGGGAUCGUGCAGUUAACUCCAAAACUUGGGGUUCGAUCGUGCGGAAGAGGCGCGUAUUUUUGGUGCCGUGAAGGUGAUCUUGUUGAAAUAUUUUUUCACCUCAAAGUGAUAUCUGUGUGGCAUUGUUUCCCCUAAAAAUCACACACUCUGCAAAUUAGAGCUUGACGGCAGCCAAGAAAUGAUCUGCUGGAGAAAAUACUUUUUCCUGAUAUCCUUCCUGAUGAUCCUCAACCGGAGCGACGGUGCUUUUGUGCAGGAAUUCAUCAGAAUCCUCAUUCAGGACAAUGUGGCUGGAGCUCCCAUAAUCCAUCAGAAUCAGGAAUUUGAAUUUGAUCCCGAUGUCAGCAUGAAGCGUCGUCAACAAUUCUACGAGCUGCACGGCUACAAAGCAGACAAACUGAUUGAACGUCUUGGGCUGGGGAUUGAUGGGAAGGCUGCUGAGCGACUGGUGCAGCAAAGAUUUCGCGAUCAGGAUGAUGCUAAUCCAAUUGCCAGUGAUAACGAGCAAAACCACUACUAACUCUCUGGCUUUCUGGCACCCUGCUUCUCAAUCAAUUAUGGCUUUAUAUAUUCUCUUCUCAAUGUGAUGUACAUAGGUAGUGUAUAUAUCAUCUUGCCUCGUAGUCAAUAAAGGAUGUACAAAGGA